AUGGAACUAUAUGAUAAAGUUAAGGAGGCAUUGAAUAUCGAUACGAGUCUAUACAAAAUGGAGAUUUCAGCUCUUGUCCCGAUAAUGUCUAAAGCUCCAGCUGCACCAAUCAUAAUUGAUUGUGACAACAACGUAAAGUGGUUUAUAUCUACCUGUACAAAAAAAAUUCUUUGUGUAAGUAUUUUAAAUGAAGUUGUUGAGAAUCAGGAAGAUUUUGGUGAUGAAGGAUGUUUAUUAGUAAUAGAUGGUGGAGAACAAAUUGAAAAUAUGAACAACGAGGAGGAACAAGAUCGAGCAAACAACGAUGGUAAUGAUGACAAUGGUGAUGGAAUAUUUGUAGAUUGUAAUGGUUUUGACGUAAGUGAAGAUAGUCCCCGAAGGGUAGAUGACGAAGUUAAUUCUUCUGUGGCAGAUGACAAUAAUUUUGAGUUACGCACGCAUGAACCUUGUAGUAGGGAUAUAGUGAAUGGUAAUGAUGUUGAAUACACUCAGAUUGUAUCUGAAAGUGUAAGUUCGCUCUGUUACGAGACAUCAGUAAAAAUACCGGAACGAUUAGAUGUGCGAGUCAACCAGUUGUUUCCAUCGAAAUAUGACCUAAUAUCAAAAUUACAGCUGCUAGCUAUGAAGUGCCAGUUUGAGUACAAAGUUAAGAGGUCAAAUAAGAGCACUUAUACAAUUGUUUGUAUUGAUGAAAAUUGCAAGUGGCGCUUACGGGCAACCAAGAUCGUAGAAAGUCCCAUUUUCGAAGUUCGAAAGUGCAAUGGUCAUCAUUCUUGCUCCAUGAGUGUUCGUCACAGAGAUCAUAGGCAUGCUUCAUAUAUGAUUAUUGGAAACCAUAUCGCUCCUAAGUAUGAAGAUGUCAACCGAGUUUACAGACCAAGGGACAUUAUUAAUGACAUUCGUCGAGAGUUCGGCAUAACCGUAAGCUAUACUAAAGCGUACAUGGCUAAAAAUUUUGCUUGUGGACUGAUUCGUAGGAAAUCCCGUGAGAGUUAUGCGAAAUUGCCAGCGUAUUGUCAUGUUUUGGAGAUGCAAAAUCCUGGUACAAUAACAUUCAUUCAUACUAAUGAUGAUCGGCGCUUCAAGUACCUUUUUAUGGCAUUGGGACCAAGUAUACAUGGGUUCGUAAACUCAAUGCGAAAGGUAAUUUCUGUAGAAGGUGCAUUCUUGCCAUCGAGAAUGAAAGGUAUUCUACUCGUAACAACUUCUCAGGAUGCAAAUUUUCAAAUAUUUCCACUCGCAUGGGGAGUAGUUGAUUUAGAGAAUGAUGAAUCCUGGACUUGGUUCUUUCAGAAGUUGUGGUUAAUAAUAGGUGAUACGGAUGACCUUGUGAUUAUAUGUGACCGUGCAACGUGCAUCAAAAAUGGAGUUAGAAAUGUGUUUCGAUUUGCUCAUCAUGGUAAUUGUACAUAUCACUUGCAAAAAAACUUGAAGACAAAUUUCCCACGGUGUGAUGUUGCAACUUUGUUUAGGGUAGCGUCAGAGACUUAUAUUGUAACCAAAUUUGAGUCCUACAUGGCAGCUCUAUGCAGUAAAAAGGAGGGCAUCAAAGAGUACCUAUUAGAAGAAGAUUUUCAAUGUUAG